AUGGAUCCAUACGGAAGACCAAUUAUGCCAGGUGUUUAUCCUCCAGGUUACGUCGCACCAAUCGUACCACCAACCACCUUUGACCCAAUGGUAGUCCCAAUGGGAGUAGGAGUUGUACCACCAGUUAUCGGAGUACAACCAGUUGUUUACCCAAGUGCAUACCCAACUGCCUAUCCUGCUGGCGCCUAUCCAGGUGCUUAUCCAGGUGCCUACCCAACCGCAUACCCAGGUGGUUACCCAGGUGGCUAUCCAAUGGGAGGAUACCGUCCACACCACUACAAACACAAGAACUUUUACAAGUUUAAGCAUUUCAAAUAA